UUGCAAGCCGAACUAUAUCAAAACCUUCCUCUUUGAGUAAUGAUUUCAGUAGGAUUGCUGGGGCAUAUUCUGGAGACUUUGUUAUGUCCUUGGCCACUUUUCUGGUGUUAACUUACUAAACAAAUCAACAGGAUUCUGAGUGUCCUUGUUGAUUUUACCUGUUGAAAGCAGUGACCAUUGUAGUGAGCCUUUCCACCCCUGCUGCACUCUUCCAGGUUUGUACAGGCACCAUGCGACACCGAAGAAAUGGCAAUUUCGAGAGUUCCAGACUUCUCUGUUCCAGCAUGUCUCGCAGCAUAGACGUGUCAUACAAUGACAGUGAUUUGGUCAACUUCAUUCAAGAAAACUUCAAGAAGAGAGAAUGUGUCUUUUUUACAAAGGACACCAAGUCAGAGGGCAACUUGUGUAAGUGUGGAUACCCUGAAAAUCAACAUAUAGAGGGCACUCAGAUUAAUAACAAUGAAAAAUGGAAUUAUAAGAAGCACACUAAGGAACUUCCCACUGAUGCCUUUGGGGACAUUCACUUUGAAAACAUGGGAAAAAGAGGCAAGUACAUCCGUUUGUCGUGUGACACAGACUCUGAAACACUCUAUGAUCUUAUGACACAACAUUGGCACCUGAAAACCCCUAACCUUGUCAUCUCUGUCACUGGAGGUGCAAAGAACUUUUCACUCAAGCCCCGGAUGCGCAAGAUAUUCAGCAGGCUGAUCUACAUUGCCCAGUCCAAAGGAGCCUGGAUUUUCACAGGAGGCACGCAUUACGGGCUGAUGAAGUACAUUGGGGAAGUGGUCAGAGACAACACCAUCAGUCGGAGCUCAGAGGAGAAUGUGGUGGCUAUCGGCAUAGCAGCCUGGGGCAUGAUUUCCAAUCGAGAAAGCCUGAUUCGCAGUGGUGAUAACGAUGGGUACUACUUGGCCCAUUACAUAAUGGAUGAUCUCAAGAGAGACCCCCUCUAUUGCCUGGAUAAUAAUCACACCCAUCUCUUACUGGUUGACAACGGUACCCAUGGGCACCCAACGAUAGAGGCAAAAGUACGAACACAGUUAGAAAAAUACAUUUCGGAGCGGGUUAUCCCAGAAUCGAAUUACGGUGGGAAGAUUCCAAUUGUAUGUUUUGCCCAAGGUGGAGGGAAAGAGACUUUGAAAUCUAUUCAUGUGGCCAUCAAGAGUAAAAUUCCCUGUGUUGUCGUGGAAGGCUCUGGACGGAUUGCUGAUGUUAUAGCUAGCUUGACGGAGGCAGAAGGUACUCUGGCUUCUUCAUGUGUCAAGGAGAGCUUGCUCAGGUAUCUGCCUCGCACCAUAUCAAGGCUCUCAGAAGAAGAGACUGAAAGCUGGAUCAAAUGGAUCAAAGAAGUCCUUGAGAACCCACAUUUACUGACAGUUAUCAAAAUAGAAGAAGCUGGAGAUGAAAUUGUGAGCAACGCCAUUUGUUUUGCUCUCUACAAAGCUUUCAGCACCAAUGAACACGACAGAGAUAACUGGAAUGGGCAGCUGAAGCUGCUGCUGGAGUGGAACCAACUGGACCUGGCCAAUGAUGAGAUCUUCACCAAUGACCGAAACUGGGAGUCUGCUGACCUGCAGGAUGUCAUGUUCACAGCCCUAGUGAAAGACAGGCCCAAAUUUGUUCGUCUCUUCUUGGAAAAUGGCCUGAACCUGAGGAAAUUCCUUACCACAGAGGUCCUUAAAGAGCUGUACACCAACAACUUCAGUAGCUUGGUGUUCAAGAACUUGCAGAUUGCGAAGAACUCCUAUAACGAUGCACUUCUCACAUUUGUGUGGAAGAUGGUUGAAGACUUCCGAAGAGGUCUCAAAAAAGAUGAUAAAAAUAGCAAGGAUGAGAUGGAGAUACAUAUUUCAAAUGAGUGUCCUAUCACAAGGCAUCCAUUGCAAGCUCUGUUUAUUUGGUCAGUUCUUCAGAACAAGAAAGAGUUGUCCAAAGUCAUUUGGGAGCAAACCAGAGGUUGCACUUUGGCAGCCCUUGGGGCCAGUAAGCUUCUGAAAAGCAUGGCAAAGGUGAAGAAUGACAUAAAUGCUGCUGGUGAGUCUGAGGAACUUGCUAAUGAGUAUGAGACAAGAGCAGUAGAGCUGUUCACCGAGUGCUACAGCAAUGAUGAAAAUCUGGCUGAGCAGCUGCUGACCUAUUCCUGUGAAGCCUGGGGAGGGAGCAAUUGCCUGGAACUAGCAGUGGAAGCAAAAGACCAGCAAUUCAUUGCGCAGCCAGGGGUGCAGAAUUUCCUUUCCAAGCAGUGGUAUGGAGAGAUUUCAAGAGAUACUAAGAACUGGAAGAUUAUAAUGUGUCUCUUCUUUUUCCCUUUAAUAGGCUGUGGUUUCAUCUCAUUCAGGAAAAAACCUAUGGAGAAGAGUAAGAAACUCUUCCUGUAUUAUGUGUCUUUCUUCACCUCACCCUUUGUGGUCUUCUCCUGGAAUGUUAUCUUCUACAUUGCUUUCCUGUUGCUCUUCGCCUACGUGUUGCUUAUGGAUUUCCAGAAGGAACCUACCAUCCUGGAGAUGAUCCUUUACGUGCUGGUCUUCAUCCUGCUUUGUGAUGAAGUGAGACAAUGGUACAUGAACGGCAGUAAGUAUUUCUUAGAUCUGUGGAAUGUUAUGGAUACUCUAGCAAUCUUCUACUUCAUAGCAGGAAUUGUGUUCAGGCUGCGCUCAUCUGAUGAAAGCUCUUGGUAUUCUGGGAGAGUCAUUUUCUGUUUGGACUACAUAGUUUUUACUCUGAGACUGAUCCAUAUUUUCACCGUUAGCAGGAAUCUAGGACCCAAAAUUAUUAUGCUGCAGAGGAUGAUGAUAGAUGUCUUCUUUUUUCUCUUCCUCUUUGCUGUGUGGAUGGUGGCCUUUGGUGUGGCCAGGCAAGGCAUCCUGAGGAAGAAUGAGCAUCGCUGGGAGUGGAUAUUUCGAUCUGUCAUCUAUGAGCCGUACCUGGCUAUGUUCGGCCAGUACCCUGAUGAUGUUGAUGGUACGACCUACAACUUUGACCGCUGCACCUUUUCUGGAAAUGAGUCCAAGCCCUUGUGUGUGGAACUGGAUGCCAACAACCAGCCCCGCUUCCCAGAGUGGAUUACUAUUCCCCUGGUGUGCAUAUACAUGCUCUCAACUAACAUCCUCCUCGUGAACCUGCUUGUGGCCAUGUUUGGUUACACCGUUGGAUCAGUACAAGAGAACAAUGACCAGGUGUGGAAGUUCCAGCGUUAUUUCUUGGUCCAGGAAUACUGCAGUCGCUUGACUAUCCCCUUCCCUUUUGUCAUCUUUGCCUACAUAUUCAUGGUGAUGAGGAAAUGUUUUAAAUGCUGCUGUAAGAAUGAAAGUAAAGAGCCAUCUAUUUGUUGCUCAAAAAAUGAGGACAAUGAAACUUUGUCGUGGGAAGCUGUCAUGAAGGAAAACUACCUUGUCAAAAUCAAUACCAAAGCAAGCGAUUCAUCGGAGGAGAUGGUGCAUCGAUUCAGGCAGCUGGAUGCAAAGCUUUCUGAUUUGAAAGGCCUCCUAAAAGAGAUUUCCAGCAAAAUCAAAUGAAUUCAACUGAAAUCCUAAAGUAACUAUGUGAGCAGGAACUCCCAGGUUACCCAAGCUUUCCUGUUUCCUUAUCUCCCCAGAUGUUCAAUGGCAGAAGGUACUCCUUAUCAGCUUCUGUUAAAAUGUACUGUUAAUUCCAAGUGCUGUGCUGCUGCUGCCAAAAUCACUCUGCUUUUGAAUUUCACUCAGAAGGGUUUGUUCAUGGGACUCCUUUACACAUUAAUUGCUUGUCUUAAUGAAUCUCCCUUCCCUCUUCAUGCAGUAACCAGAUCUAGCUUGUUAAUUAUACAGUCUGUCUGUAGACCUGCUGAAGCCUGUAAUGCUGGUAUGCCAGAAUGAAGCGUAUUGUGGCAUCAUCCCCCUGGGGAAAGAUAAUCUUUGGUCCAACACCAACAUCUGGGACUUCACAAGAACAGUGUAAACUUACUCCUGCUCUACCUGGAACUGUGCAGCAAUGCGGAAGCUCAACUGUUGCAGUCUUGCAUGGAAGGGAUACAAUUCUUAUUGAAAUAGUUCUGAAAGGCCUUGUGUGUAAUCUUUGCUUGUUUCUACGGGGAUAAUUUUUAUACUUGGAGCAUUGUAAUUUGUUUUAAUUUUUUCAAACGUCUGUUUGCAGAUGUUUGUAUAAUGGAUAUAAAAUUGCAAAGAUUGGCAGGCUUUACAUUUUCUUAUA